CGGCGCACCGACCCUUGGCUACACCCGCCCACGGUUAGGCUGAGCCACUUCUCCGUGGAGCCGCGCGGGCCCAGCGUGCGCCCGGGAAGGUCUCUGCGUCUCUGUUAGAGAGGAGAAAACCGUCCGAGAGAGAUGCCGGGGUUUUAGCCUCUCGCAGGGUCCUGUGAAAGCAGGGUUUUUUGGAACCCAGUGUAACUACGAAGUCCUCACUAACCCUCUGCUGGUUAGCUGUCUGGAAAGAAGGGGCCUCCUGCCUGCUGGAGGCCAGCACCUUCCCACCGGCCACCCUGCAGCUGCCUGGGGCGGAGGCGAGAGCUCUGUCGACUGUGUAUUGACGGUGUAUUCCUGGCAGCCCUGAAGGGCGGAAUCUCUCCAGAUGUCUUCCACCAAUGCCAUCGAAGUUUUUAUCCCGAUGUCACAACGAAACACCAAUGGCCUGCCCGGGAUGACGACGGCCGACCUGAAGAGCACGGCUGAAGGAGCUGUGCUGAGUUUCCACAAUGUCUGUUACCGAGUGAAAGUGAAGAGCGGCUUUCUGUUUAAUCGGAAAACAGUUGAAAAAGAAAUACUAUCGAAUAUCAAUGGGAUCAUGAAACCCGGCCUCAAUGCCAUUCUGGGACCCACAGGUGGAGGCAAAUCUUCGUUGUUAGAUGUCCUAGCUGCAAGGAAGGAUCCACACGGAUUAUCUGGAGACGUCCUGAUCAAUGGAGCACCUCGCCCUUCCAAUUUUAAAUGUAACUCAGGUUACGUGGUACAGGAUGAUGUCGUCAUGGGAACGCUGACGGUGAGAGAAAAUUUACAGUUCUCCGCAGCUCUUCGGCUUCCAACGACUAUGACCAAUCGUGAAAAAAAUGAGCGGAUCAACAAGGUCAUUCAAGAGUUGGGUCUGGAUAAAGUGGCAGAUUCUAAGGUUGGAACUCAGUUUAUCCGUGGUGUGUCUGGAGGAGAAAGAAAAAGGACCAGUAUAGGAAUGGAGCUGAUUACCGACCCUUCCAUCUUGUUCCUGGAUGAGCCCACAACUGGCUUAGACUCCAGCACAGCCAACGCUGUCCUUCUGCUCCUCAAGAGAAUGUCUAAACAGGGUCGAACAAUCAUCUUCUCCAUUCAUCAGCCUCGAUACUCCAUCUUCAAAUUGUUUGAUAGCCUAACCUUAUUGGCCUCAGGAAGACUUAUGUUUCAUGGGCCUGCCCAGGAGGCUUUGGGUUACUUUUCAUCAGCUGGUUACCACUGUGAGCCCUAUAACAACCCUGCAGACUUCUUCCUGGACGUCAUUAAUGGAGAUUCUUCUGCUGUGGUAUUGAACAGAGAGGAGGACCAUGACGUCAAGGAGACCAAAGAGCCUGCCAUGGGAGACAAGCCACUCAUAGAAAAAUUAGCAGAAUUUUACGUCAAUUCCUCCUUCUACUCAGAAACCAAGGCUGAAUUAGAUCAGUUAUCACAGGGUCAGAAAAAGAAGAGCGUGGCCUUCAAGGAGAUCGCCUAUGCCACCUCCUUUUGUCAUCAACUCAAGUGGAUUUCCAGGCGUUCAUUCAAGAACUUACUGGGUAACCCCCAGGCCUCCAUUGCUCAGAUAAUUGUCACAGUCAUACUGGGAUUGGUUAUAGGUGCCAUCUUCUUUGGUCUAAAACAUGAUCGUACUGGAAUCCAGAAUAGAGCCGGGGUGCUCUUCUUCCUGACCACCAACCAGUGCUUCAGCAGCGUGUCGGCCGUGGAGCUCUUCGUGGUCGAGAAGAAGCUCUUUAUACACGAGUAUAUCAGUGGCUACUACAGAGUGUCAUCUUAUUUCUUUGGAAAACUGUUAUCUGAUCUGCUGCCCAUGAGGAUGUUACCAAGUAUUAUAUUUACCUGUAUCAUAUACUUUAUGUUGGGAUUGAAACCCACGGUGGAGGCCUUCUUCAUCAUGAUGUUCAGCCUGAUGAUGGUGGCUUACUCGGCCAGUUCCAUGGCGCUGGCCAUAGCAGCAGGCCAGAGUGUGGUGUCCGUAGCAACCCUUCUCAUGACCAUCUCUUUUGUGUUCAUGAUGAUUUUUUCAGGUCUGUUGGUCAAUCUCAAAACCAUUGCGGCUUGGCUCUCGUGGCUGCAGUACUUCAGCAUUCCUCGAUAUGGCUACACGGCUUUGCAGCAUAAUGAGUUUUUGGGACAGGACUUCUGCCCGGGAUUGAAUGUAACAGCAAACAGUACCUGCAGUGACUUUGUAAUAUGUUCUGGCGAAGACUAUCUAACGAGCCAAGGCAUCGACGUCUCCCCUUGGGGCUUGUGGAGGAAUCAUGUGGCCUUGGCUUGUAUGAUUGUUAUCUUCCUCACGAUUGCCUACCUGAAAUUGCUGUUUCUGAAAAAAUACUCUUAAGUUCCCCCUUUAAGUUUCUGCCAUUUAUCCUCACAUCGGACAGGAGUACCUUGAUUCAUUUCAAGUAUUCAAUGAAGCUUUUUGUUGCCUUCAUCCUGUGGCUCAGGAAUGAUGAUUUUCAACAGACAUUCCUUGAAAUCACAGUGAACUGAAUUACGAGUGAAAGAACUCAGUUCAAAACUGAUGAUGUUAUGGACACACACAUACUAGUUCAUCUCGCCAGACGGUAUCCAUGGGGACGAAAUCUAGUCUAAUGGAUUGGCCUAAGAAAGAUGAAUUCUAGAAAUUCUCAACAGGUUAUUAUUAUCUCUAAUACCUAUUUUCUCAUCUUUAAAAUGAAAAGGUAGGUUUGUAGCCCUCCUUUGAAAACAUUUUAUGAGUCUGUGAUCUGCCAUUAUUUAAUAAAAUGUGUAAUAAUGCUGUAUUGCAAAUACAUGAUAUGUUGGGAAAACAUGGUAUAAAAAAGCUAUUAUGAUAGAAGAACAUAGCUCUGAUAAGCUUAUGUAAGAUAUUAGAACUUACUGGUAUUUCUCUCUCAUGGUAUUAUCAUUUCUCAGGGAUCUUGACCAGAGAGCCCUUGGACUUUAGGGUGGAGUUGAAGGCCGGGAUCUGUUGAUAUGACUCCUUUGGGGGGACUUUCUAGCUCUGGAGUUACUUCGUCUUUGGGAGUUCAUACUUCUGGGUGUGUGUCAGAAUCCGCUGAGGGCCUUAGCUAAAAUACCUAUCUGGGCUUUGCCUGAUACGUCACAUCGGUCUCUCCAGGGCUACCUCCAUAAGGAACUCAAACCA